AGGGGCGUGUAAAAAGUCAGAUGCAAAUACGCACCUCUGCAUAUUUUACUACAGCGAUAAACUUUCGGAACUAGUGUCAAGUUACAAGGACUAACAUUCAACUUCCUGUUUAAGUAAAGGGAAAAAAAACAAAGUUAUGAUAUAUACGAUUAGAAACCUGCAUGUCCAUCUGUACCAGUCUGUACUAGUAGCCCCCCACGAGAGUCUAAAGCUUACAAUUAUAAGUUGUCGUCUCCAUCUUUUGUCAUUUCAAAUCUUUCUAAGAUUUUUAAUUGGUUGCACUAACUGCCACUUGCAAAUGUGUUUUCUGUGAUUUGCUGCGAUCGUUGCCGUCCACCACUGUCAAUUGAAGCCCUCGUCGGGCUUCAACUUUGAGGGCUACUACUACUAAAUUGUUCAGAAAGUCGAGCUUCUAUUUUGAAGGCAAAAUACUCGGUUUCCGGUUAUAUUUAGUUGCGAACAGACGCACCUUCUCCCAUCAUCCAAUAUCAGGGGUUACAUUUGAGAAAUUGCCCCCAAAUUCAGUUUAACUUUGCCUGAGCUUUGUGCUGAAUUAUCCUGACAGUGUUUUCUUUGUUUGUUUUUGUUUUUCCAGAAGACAAGAAGCCGAGAGUUUUGACAGUCUGCCACUGCUACUUUUCAGAUAAACCCCCCCUCUCCCUUCUGCCGUCGCCAACAGGGGGUUUGCAGGGUGACAUUGCCCCCUAGCGGUGACUAGUUUGGCUGCAGCUCAUUUACAACCAAGUUUGUACACAAUAGAAAAAGUCCUUCAGGGGAUCUUCUGAUAUUAUCUAACUGGUGCAUUGUUCCCUUCAAGCUGUCCAGAAAAAAAAAACAUUCAUGGCCGGUGCACAGUUUUAAUCAAGUUUUAUUGGUGCUGCCACUUAAGAACCUAUUAACUUUUUCCUCCUUAUAGUAGAAAUGCUGAGCUGAGUAAAAAAAAAAAUAAGUUACUUACUUAAUAAAUGAUUUUACCAAAGAAACAUCUGAUGAGAAGAAGAGAGGGGAGGAAAGGGAGGAAAGAAGUGAUCCAAUUUUACAUUUUAACCCCCAAAUCUUUUCUUUUUUUCUCCCAACCACAUAAAAAAAAAGUAAAAGUGGAUCUUGUUUGAAAAAGUUCAGACGGAUGCAGCCAUUUUUUCUAUGGAACAGGCACUGAUUGGAUUGGUACCUUGGGGAGUUGGGUUCUGUCAUCAAUCUGAAUGGGAAACUGGUCUGUGGAAACAUUAAGUGAUUAAAAUCAAUAUGAGGGAAAAUAGGUUAUGUAUGACGUUUAGUUUAUUGUGUAUUAUUUAAUAUCCAUAUGUUUUGUUUUAUUUCAGAAUUCCUUUGUAUAUUACAGCAUAUACUUUUUAAGGAUACGCUGACUGACCAUCUGGCUGGUUACUUGAAUGGACGUUCACCGUUCAACGUUGCUUUUAUUGUGAAGUCACUUCUAACUCGCUGUGACCGUAAUAGUUGGUAUAUACGCAUAACUCAAAAGAAGGUGGGGCUAGUUUGAUCGUGUUCUUAAGUGGAGUACAGCUUGAAUUCAGUGGGAAAAAAGGCUAACCUUCGUGUGAUUUAUUAAUUUUUUAUAUACAGUCUAUGGUUUCCCUCCUUGUUCACCGCCUGUUCGCCACCAGCACUUCAUUUCCCGUCAUGCCCAGCGGCGAAGCGUCGUCCGUGGCAACAGCACAGGAAGUGGCGCGCAACUGUUGAAAAACUGUCACAAAAAAACGAGCCGAGGGAGAUUUUUGAACUGUUCCAACUUCGUCAACCUCUCAAAACUAAAACGUGGCAGAAUAACAAACCACCCGCGACGGCGCUCUUGUAACACACCGUGGCUUCACACGGCAGGAAAAACAUGUCGUUUGUGAGAGUGGGCCGUCCACUUCAACACAACAAAGGAAAAAGGCUUGUUCGUCCCAAGAAGGCAGCAGCUCCCAAAAGAGAGUGGGUGAGCACUGUCCAUGACCUGUCUGUGCACAAGCUGACACCUGCAGAGCUGGAUCAUCGGCACGAGAUUCACCAGUCCCACAACAAGGCUGCGGCUCAGUGGGAUCUGAGAGAGAAAGCUCUAAAUCGUCGUCUCAAACACAACGGGAGUCCUGCACCUCUCGACCAGGCCAGCCUGAACAUCAUCAGGGAGGUUCUCUCCGACCAGCUGCUGCUGAAGGAUGUGCUGGCCCGCUCCGACAGAGCCAUGGCCGUGGUCAAGGACCUGUUUGGAGAUGCUCCCCGCAGGCAGACUGGGCAUCCCAGUGUGACCAUGGCUCCACACUGCGACUCUGACUCCGAACUGCCUGUUCUCCAGAGACCAGAUCCUCCCACUCAGCUGUCACUGCUCAGCCAGUCUAUGAUGGACCAGCAGGCUCUUAAUGAGCUACAUGAUUCGGAGGACGGCCACAGUGAUGAAGAUGCAUAUCCUUCUGGCAGUUCACAGUAUCAUGUAAUCCAAAGGGCCAAUGUACGAAAAAUGAAGGCUCUCUCUCGGGGUGGAGUGAUACAGAAGCAGAAACUUUGUCGUCCCGUCUCCGACCAUGGAGACAGAUAUGGUGUUCCUGUAACCCCCUGCACAUCAGGCAGAGAACCAGACCAAACAGCUCUCAAUGCUACAGUGGCUGUUCAGCGUGUUCGAACCAGACAGAGCCAACCAGAGGAAGCCAAGGAGGAACAGUCUGUCCUGGUUGCUCAGGUCCUGAACCCUGACGUGCCUUUUAACCAGUCAGGAAGGAUCAAUGGCCGAACCGGCAGGACCAGGAAGUGUAUUUCUCAGAGCUCGGAGCUGAGUGCCUCCUCCGUUGCCUCUCUCAGUGGGGACCAGUCUAGUCUGGGCCUGCUGCAGGCCAUGUUGGGUCAGGUUGAGGCCGACUUGGAUACUCUGAGUCCUGACACAGCACCAGGGUCGGCGCAGAGUCCAAAACGGCACAGAACACAAGGCCUCACUGGAUUCUCUGUUGCGCUGAUCUCCACCCUCGGACGCUUCGUGCACCACCUCAAACAGAUGGACGAGAGAGUUCAGAAAGAGGCUGAGGAGAGGAAAAACAUGGAGGAGGAGCUGAGGGAGCAGCGGGGCCUGAUUGAUGCUCUCACUGCGGAGACCAUGGCGCUGAGAGAAGAGGCUGCCGCCUUGCAGGCAGGGUUGCAGCAGCGGACCGCAGAGCUGGAGCAGAAGAUGGACGCGGUGUUGUUGUUGAUAGGGGGACUUGGACUACUGGAGCCGCACACCCACCCACCCCAAGCCUCUGAUGUCAAAGCUGCAGUUUUUGAAUCUGCGCCUGUUCCUGAGCGAAUCCAAGCCUCUGUUUCUCCUGCCGUCCUGCUCUCCCCACCUCGACAGAGAGACAACUGGCAACAUAUUCCUGUGACUCUUCCUGUACCGUCGCACCAGCAGCUUCUUCCCAUAGAUAACAUCCGCUCUCGUGAGGACAUCCAGGCCUCAUCCUCGAGCCUCGCCAGCCUCCCCCUCACCAGCCUCCCCUCCACCUCCUCACUCUCACUGACGUCGUCCGACCCACUCAGCUCUAAGCUCCCUGCAGAGGCCCUGCUGGCUGAGAUCGCUCAGCUGAGCAGACAGAACGAGCUGAUCAAGGCCCAGCUCAGUCAGGCUAAGAUCCUCUGGUCAGGUGUCGGAGCAUCGCCUGACUGUGGCAGCGAGCAGAGAAGCCGGAGUUCCAGUGGCAGCGGAAGAUUCACACCACAGAGUUUCGGAGAGACGAGGACGUCGGGGUCCAGCAGCACAAGGAGACAGAGCCAGAACAUCCAGGUCACUGAUGGACUCAAAGUGACGCAUCAGACAACAUCCCCCAAUGCCCUCAGCGUGGAACAGCGCCUCCUGGAGCUAAACAGGCAGAGUGCAGCAGCCAGGGGUCGGCUACUGGAUCUUAUUGAGCAACAGAAAAACAACGUUUCAUCCAAAGUUUCUCCAUCUGCCUCCCCCAUCCCUACGUCGGCCUUCAGCCCACAUGCAGCAGGAGGAGGAAGUCCAGAGGUGUCCAUGCUGCUGCCUUCAAAGGAGUUUCUGUCACAUGCUGAUGGUGGUGGGAGGCGAUCUGCUGGUUCUGAAGUGUCCUCGCACAGAUCUGAAGGAGAAGCCAAGGAUGGAAAAACACAGGUGGAGAAGCAGAGAGAGCGAGAAGGCUGGUUUGCCUUGUCUGCUCAUAUGAGAUAACAAGGUCUCACGAUUCACCCUGAGAAACCUGAUGACAUUUUAUUAAAAGCCUGUCUUUUUGUAUUUUAUCUAUGCAAUAACUUAUUAAAUUGUUUGAUUUUAAUGUAAAAUGUUUCAAUGAUUG